AUGGCUACGGGGCUCGCGUUUCUGCGGAGGGGCGACGAGUGUGUGCGCCGCAGACUGUGGUUCCGCCGCACAAAGGGGCCCCUCCCGGCCCCUCCUCCGAGCACCUGCUGCCACCUCGACCCACCUGAGGGCGGAGCCCCUGCCGGGUCGUCCAGCACGCUGCCCGGGCAUCUCGAUCCGUGCGGGGCUCCCCUCCUGGCGCCCGGAGACCCUGGGUGCGCGUCCUCCCUCCGGGCAGGCGUCGGAGGCGCUGGGCUGGGGACGAGGAGGGGGUCAGUGUCUCGCGGUCCUCGAACCAGACCGCGCAGGGAUUCCCCAGACGCACGCAGUGACUACCGGGCCCCCACUCGUGGCUCGGGCACGUCCCCAGCCCCAGGAGGUCGAAGGAAACUUUGGCCCUGCGCGGGCAGAGCGCAGCCUCCGCCCCCCCUCUCGGCUCGCGGUCCGUUCCCCCUCCUUUCCCCUCCGAUCCUCGCCCUCCUUCCCGCUCCCUCCUCCUUUCCCUCCCCCCCUCCUCCUCGCCGGCUGGAGGCGGGCAGGUCCGGGCGGGGCCGCGCCGCUGAGCCCACAGCCCCGCGCUCCCGGCGCGGUAGCCGCCGCCGAGCCCCGCGGGAGACGCCGAACCAGGCCCGGCGGACGGAGCUGCCCGCGCGGCGCGGGGGGCAUGAAGUUGGGCUCGCGCGGAGCUCGGAGCAGGGGCGCGGCGGGUCCGGGAGCCGCCCGCAUCUAGAGCCCGCUCGGUGCGCCAUGGAGCUCGGGGGCCCGGGGGCGCCGCCGCCGCCGCUGCUGCCGCCGCUGCUGCUGCUGCUGGGGGCCGGCUUCUUGCCUGUGAGCAGUCACGUGGAGACCCGGGCCCACGCGGAGGAACGGCUGCUGAAGAAACUCUUCUCUGGCUACAACAAGUGGUCCCGGCCUGUGGCCAACAUCUCGGAUGUAGUUCUCGUCCACUUCGGCCUGUCUAUCGCACAGCUCAUUGACGUGGAUGAGAAGAACCAGAUGAUGACGACGAACGUGUGGGUGAAGCAGGAGUGGCAUGACUAUAAGCUGCGCUGGGACCCCGCUGACUACGAGAACGUGACCUCCAUCCGCAUCCCCUCUGAGCUCAUCUGGCGGCCGGACAUCGUCCUGUACAACAACGCGGACGGGGACUUUGCCGUCACCCACCUGACCAAGGCCCACCUCUUUCACGACGGGCGGGUGCAGUGGACACCCCCAGCCAUCUACAAGAGCUCCUGCAGCAUCGACGUCACCUUCUUCCCCUUCGACCAGCAGAACUGCACCAUGAAGUUCGGGUCCUGGACCUAUGACAAGGCCAAGAUCGACCUGGUGAGCAUGCACAGCCGCGUGGACCAGCUGGACUUCUGGGAGAGCGGCGAGUGGGUCAUCGUGGACGCCGUGGGCACCUACAACACGCGCAAGUACGAGUGCUGCGCGGAGGUGUACCCGGACAUCACGUACGCCUUCGUCAUCCGGCGCCUGCCGCUCUUCUACACCGUCAACCUCAUCAUCCCCUGCCUGCUCAUCUCCUGCCUGACGGUGCUCGUCUUCUACCUGCCCUCCGAGUGCGGCGAGAAGAUCACGCUCUGCAUCUCCGUGCUGCUCUCGCUCACCGUCUUCCUGCUGCUCAUCACCGAGAUCAUCCCGUCCACCUCGCUGGUCAUCCCGCUCAUCGGCGAGUACCUGCUCUUCACCAUGAUCUUCGUCACGCUCUCCAUCAUCAUCGCCGUCUUCACGCUCAACGUGCACCACCGCUCCCCGCGCACGCACACCAUGCCCGCCUGGGUCCGCCGCGUCUUCCUGGACGUCGUGCCGCGCCUGCUCUUCAUGAAGCGGCCGUCCGUGGUGAAGGACAACUGCCGGCGGCUCAUCGAGUCCGUGCACAAGGCGGCCGGGGCCCCGCGCUUCUGGCCGGAGCCCCGGGGGGAGCCCGAGCUCAGGAGUAGGGGCCCCGCUCCGUCCCCGACCCCAACCCCGUCUUGCGGCCCGGACCAGCCGGGCAAGCCCCAGCCGGCCUGCACGUCGCCCUCAGACCAGGCCUCUGCUCUGCAGCCCUCAGAGGCCGAGAAGGCCAGUCCCUGCCCCUCGCCUGGGCCCUGCCGCCCACCAGGGCUCGCCAAGGCCCGGUCCCUGAGCGUCCAGCACAUGUCCGGCCCCAGCGAAGUGGCAGAGGGUGGCGUGAGGUGCCGGUCCCAGAGCAUCCAGUACUGCGUGCCCCGAGAAGAGGCCGCCUCCCCAGCCGACCGCCCAGCGGACGGCUCCCCUGCCUCGCUGACCACGGCCCCCUCGGCCGAGCUUCCGCCCCGAGACCAGGCCUCCCCCUGCAAAUGCAAGUGCAGGAAGGAGGCGGAGGCACCGAAUGCCGCGCUCAAGGCCCCCGGCACCGGAGCACCACCCCUGCCCCUGUCGCCAGCUCUGGCGCGGGCGGUUGAGGGUGUCCAGUACAUUGCAGACCACCUGAAGGCGGAAGACAUGGACUUCUCGGUGAGGCAGGACUGGAAGUACGUGGCCAUGGUCAUCGACCGCAUCUUCCUCUGGGUGUUCAUCCUCGUCUGCCUGCUGGGGACGGUGGGCCUCUUCCUGCCGCCCUGGCUGGCCGGCAUGAUCUAG